CAUGGAUCGCCACUCCAGCUACAUCUUCAUCUGGCUGCAGCUCGAGCUCUGCGCCAUGGCCGUGCUGCUGACCAAAGAUGAUGUUUCCCUGGCUUGGGAUUCAAGCACCGGCUUGCACAAAGGGCUUUCCCUGUCCACGUGGACUGCCCUCGAAGCCCUCAGCUGAAUAUUCUCUAAAGUGAAAUCAGAUGCUACUGCGAUGCCGCCCACUGCGUGGCUACUGGUUAUAUGUGUAAAUCGGAGCUGAGCGCCUGCUUCUCCAGACUUCUUGAUCCUCAGAACACACAUUCCCCUCUCACGCAUGGCUGCCUGGACUCUCUCUCAAGCACAGCAGAUGUCUGCCAAGCCAGACAGGCCCACAACCACUCUGGCAGCCCUGCGCCCACGCUGGAGUGCUGUCACGAGGACAUGUGCAAUUACAGGGGGCUGCAGGCCGUCCUCGCCCCUCCCAAGGGGGAGGCCUCAGGACAAGGGAACAGGUAUCAGCAUGACGGGAGCAGAAACCUCAUCACCAAAGUGCAGGAGCUGACAUCCUCCCGAGAGCUGUGGUUCCGGGCGGCGGUGAUCGCCGUUCCCAUCGCUGGGGGGCUGAUCCUCGUGUUGCUCAUUAUGUUGGCCUUGAGGAUGCUGCGGAGCGAGAGCAAGAGGCUACAGGACCAGCGGCAGCAGAUGCUGUCCCGUUUGCACUACAGCUUUCACGGGCACCACUCCAAAAAGGGGCAGGUGGCAAAGCUAGACUUGGAGUGCAUGGUGCCCGUGACCGGCCAUGAGAACUGCUGUCUGACCUGCGACAAGACGAGACAGGCUGAUCUCAGCCACGACCGGAUCCUGUCGCUUGUGCACUGGGGCAUGUACAGUGGGCACGGGAAGCUGGAGUUCGUAUGACGGGGUCUCACGGAACUGGACUUCUGGGACCCUUUGAGUUCUGCUGGACAGGAGCACUUUAUCUGAAGAGAAACAAACUCGCGUCAUGACCUUCGAGAGAUAGAAUGACCUCUGCAAACAGAAUCUUGGAUAUUUCUUCUGAAGGAUUAUUUGCACAGACUUAAAUACAGUCAAAAUGUAUUAUUUGCUUUAAAAGUAUAAAAAGCAAAGAGAAGACUCUGUACACUGUUACCAGGGUUAUUUGCAUCCAGAGGGAGCUGGAAUCAAGUACCUGAAUAAAAGAAAGUGUGCUCUGUGUAAGCUCCUACAUCUUGAUUUAUCAUAGAGAUUUAAAAAUAUAUAUAUAUAUAUAUAUGUAUAUAUAUAUAUAUAGUCUGAAAUUUAGCGGUGUCUUGUCAUAAAUUAAAAACUAAGCAGGAAAGGUAAGGAACUACAUGUUAAUUAUACAAAUGAAGACCUAUCAUUGCCCAGAGUAGGAUCUCAACUAUAGAUUUUGGCUUAACUUUUUUAUUUUUAUUUUUUUUUUAAACAAGACCAAAAUCUCGUUUUUUCUUACAUGGCACGUGUGUCAUUUUCUUACAGUGUGGAGAGUUUCUAAAUGUGUAUUGCCCAUCAUUCAGUGUCUUACCCACAAUGUUUUGUUAGGAUAAUGCUGUUUUUUUUUAACUUUCAUCUAAUAGAAAUCAGAAACUUAUUUAUACCAGGUCAGAUAUCACUGAUCAAUUUCUGAGGUUGCCUUAGCAAAGAGUGGUAUUUAUCAACUUGAUCUAGGUGCUCUGGAAUACGUUUUUAAAUGUGUCUACCUCCAAUCAAAAAAGGAAAAAAAGCUUACUAAAUGAAACUUUUUGUUUGGUAAAGUUAGUCAUUGUCUAUUUUUACUUCUUAAUUCAUCAGUUUAUUCUGUCUCAAACCUAAUUAAAUAUUUUGGACCCCAAAUUAGCCAAGCAUGAUUGCACCAUGUUCCUAGUUUUUAAGCCUUCCUUCCACACAGUGUUAUUAUUAUUAUUUUUUUUACUUCUCAAUCUUUAGAAAGAUUUUCAAGAGUGAACGUUAUAUAUCGAGAUUUAAAUAACAAUUUCCUCCCCAAAUGAUUCUUUUAUUAAUAUAAUCAAAUAGACUUGAUUUUAGCCACUAACACACUAUAUAACAGUGUUUCCACUCCUGCAGGACUUCGGCAAUAUAGCCCAGCCUGAAUUUAAGCCCAUGCCACAUUUGUUUACUUUUCCCCCCCAGAUGGGUCUUUGCUAUCUUAAAUGUGAGAAUAAUUUGUAGGUUCUUUGCUCAAUACUUUUGUAUAUUUGAAACUUUUGCUUAAAAAUUAACCUAUAGCCUGCAUAUUUGAGUACAUGUGGGGUUUUCUUUUACGAAUGUUAAAGGAUUUUUUGCAUUUUUUUCUGGGAUAUUUUAUGAUCAGUAUAAUUUGGGUCCCUUAAGAAGACAGGUGCAGUCGCCCAGUUGAUGGAAGAAUCUGAGUUGAAAUGACUAGUCUAAAAAUGAAUACCUAGGUUAUUUAGUAACUAGUGGACCACAGCCCCAAACAAAUUAGGCUAUGGAAUAAA